AUGUGUACUCGGGUGUACCCUUUGCGCCAGCCGCCCGGCCACAACCCACCACCGAGGCUCCAUCUUACAUUUCCGGAGGGAUUGAAUAGAGUGUUCACCGCAUAUAUCGGCAUUCAACUGCAUAGCACAAGCUUUGAUGAUACACAACAAAGUGCUACCUCACUCAAACAGCCUGCUCUUCAAAUCCAAGAACGGCUCUUGAAUCCCGAAUCCGCACCGGUGUCAACAGAGCGGUUUCAACUUCUCGGCGAUGGCACAAGCACAACGCAUCCACUUUCUCAUAAUCAAGACUUCACAAACUCUGAUAUACCUCCAAAGACCAGCCCUGAGUCCCAGUCUCUCAUAUGGGUCUGCUACUGGACCGAAGAAACCAAAUACAAAGCCAGCCUCGAAAACCUCCAUCUCGCAGAGAUCUACCACUCUCUUGACCCGGUCUCAAAGCCUCAUAUCGGGCUAUGGGUUGAGCAUUUCGCGAGCGAUACUUCACGCCUCGAGACAGUAUACUCAGCUACGGAUUAUCUUCCCGGCCUGGCACGGUUGCCUGGUACAUCGACAGCGCAACACGUGCACACUGGGUACUGGGGUGCAGCGCGAGACCGCAUUCCCGGGUCUGCAGAGGAUUUAUUUGAACGCGAAGCCGUAGACAAAAACCACUCUACAAAUCUACCAGAAUCACAAUCAGCUAUCAAGACCAUUACCCAAUCCCUUGGAACGCACAUCACCGGCACAAACCCACAUAACAUGGUACACAUCCGCUCAGGCCAGUUCUGGGGAACAUGCAACACCGAAGAAGCAGACGCAUACCUAAACACCCUCGAACCAAAACUCCGCGCCGGUCUAUCCUAUCUAUGGACAUCCCCGCAAGAAACCGGCUCCAGCGGCGUGAGAUAUCUGCAUAACAUCGAACCCGUAUUCACCGCCUCCAGCGAUGAUUCCAUCUCGACCAUCCGCCAGACGAAGGAGGCUUGCGUGACGGCGUUUUUCAGGAAUAUGACUGAUCUGGAAGGGUGGGCUGCGCGGCAUCCGUCGCAUUUGGCGAUUUGGGCGGGUGCUGUUAAGCAUGGGAAGAGGUUUGGGGAUGAGCGGAGGUUUCGUACUUGGCAUGAGGUUUCGGUUCUGAGGGGUGGAGAGGCGAGAUUUGAGUAUGUGAAUUGUAUGGAGGGGACGGGUGUGGCGAAGGGGAUGGCUUUGUUGGAUGUGCGUGCUUUGUGA